AUGGCAGAUUUCAAAGUUAAAAGUGGAUUGGCUCAAAUGUUGAAGGGAGGGGUGAUAAUGGAUGUUGUCACUGCUGAACAAGCCAUAAUUGCUGAGAAGGCAGGUGCCUGUGCAGUUAUGGCCUUGGAGCAAAUUCCUGCUGAUAUGCGUAAAUCAGGAAAAGUGUGUCGUAUGUCAGAUCCAAAAAUGAUAAAAGAGAUCAUGAACAGCGUCAGUAUCCCAGUUAUGGCAAAGGUUAGAAUUGGCCAUUUCGUAGAAGCACAAAUCCUUCAAGCUUUAGAAAUUGAUUACAUUGACGAAAGUGAGGUUUUGACUCCUGCUGACUGGAAAGGACAUAUCAAGAAGAACGAUUUCAAUGUACCAUUUGUUUGCGGUGCAAAAGAUCUCGGUGAAGCACUUAGAAGAAUAGAAGAAGGUGCAGCAAUGAUCCGUACCAAGGGUGAAGCUGGUACUGGUGAUGUUUCUGAAGCAGUUAAGCAUAUCAAAAAGAUUAAAUCUGAAAUUAAGGAAUAUCAAGAUACUCUCGGUGAUGACACAGAUUUCAUUAAGCAACGCGCUGAAUCUAUUGGUGUUUCUUAUGAGUUACUAAAGUAUGUUUUGGAUAACGGGAAGUUACCAGUUGUGAACUUUGCUGCCGGUGGUGUUGCCACUCCUGCCGAUGCCGCUUUAUUAAUGCAAUUGGGUUGUGAAGGUGUAUUUGUCGGGUCAGGUAUCUUCAAAUCUUCUGACCCAGAAAAGCUAGCUCGUGCAAUUGUGGAAGCUACUACCCAUUACGAUGAUGCAGAAACUUUGUUGAAAGUGUCAACUGAUUUGGGUGACCUAAUGGGUGGAUUGUCAAUAGAAUCCUUGAAGAACUCCGAAAACCCUAAAAGGUUGGCAAACAUCGGCUGGUAG